GCGCAGUAACAAGAGGCCCUGCCUCCAGGAAGGGCACUAUUCGCGCGUUGCACAUACAGUCGGCACCCUAACCCAACCCAUAAAGCAGUUUCAGUCUACGUACAAAUGAGGUUGACAUCCUCUUUACUAGGCAUAUUCUUAGCCUUAGCGGCACUAAGCAACCUCCGGCAAGCAUCGGCAGAAGUAGGCGACGACGAAGGCGUGUCGUUCUUCAUACCAUCUGGGCAUGACACUGCUACAAAUGAAGACGUUUACGACUUACUUCGUUGCGCCAGAGCGCUUAGGGAUGAAGGAACAAAGUCAGACGGCGCAUCGAAAGCGGUAGCCUCAGCAAUUGCAGCAGCGGUUGCCACCCUACCUCCAAUCCAGCUCGCCCACACUGACCACACUCUACAUCAAGUUCCAGAACGCGCACGCGCUUACCUCCCGGCCGCGAUAGACCUGUUGGCGCGUAUACGGUCAUUUGCAAUUGCCCCGCCAUGCCUCGACCGACCUGGCAUACCGACUACGACAGCAGGGCCCUACAAAUACCUUAUAGCUGCAAAUCUGGUCAAUUGCGAAGCAAUUAUGCCGUACUGGAUCCUGGAGGUGCUUCGCCUUGGAUUGCUGUUAAGUGGUAACAGCAUGGUCUUAGCUGGAUUCUCCCAAAACGUGGCCAACGCCCAAGGUUCAGCAUCAGCAGACGGCUACCUACCACACAUAUCUGUCUACGAAAGCGGCAGCAAGGACAACACCGUUCCUUGGUUACUUGUAGCGGAGCAACUCUGGGGCGCAGCUGGGAUGCGGACGUUCGUCGUUGUCAACGGCUCUCUGACACGCCAGAUGGUUACUGACCCAUUCUCCGGCAAGUACCACAAGCAACACCGUAUACAGUUCUUGGCUUCUGUACGGAAUGCUGCUCUGGAACCGUUGUACGGCGCUCCACCUGGAACGUACGACAACGUCGUCUUCGUCAACGAUGUGUUCUUUUGCGCUGCGGACCUAUUCCGUCUUACUCAUCUGAAAGCAGACAUCGCUUGUGGGCUUGAUUUCGAGGUGUGGGUUGGACACAAGAAGGGCCACAUGUCUGGUAUUACCCAGCGAAAUUUUGAUCAACGGCGACGACGGCGGCGCUUGCAAAGUUCUUCAGGAGCAAGCAAUGCUGCAGAUGCAAGCACUGCGGAUCUAACGCUGCACACUUCAAUAAAUCAAAUGUCCGAUGUCCAUUUGGACGAGCUCGUACGGCAGAUGGCGGCGGAAGGACGAAUCCGGAACGCGCCUGUGAAGAUCAAGUAUAACUUUUAUGACACUUGGGUAUCACGGGAUAUCAGCGGCAAGCAGUUCGUUAGUGAUGUUCCUUACAUUUCGGACAGGCGGACACGUGACAUCCUGAGCAAAGGCAUGCCCGUACCAGUCAAGUGCUGCUGGAAUGGCGCGGUGAUUAUCAACGCCGCACCGUUAGUUAACGGCCUACGUUUUCGGUCUGGUAUCAGCGAGAAGGGCGAAUGUGACAGCAGCGAAUGCUCACUUCUUUGUCAAGACUAUCGGCGAGUGGGAGCCACGCGAGUGGUCGUCGACCCGUCAGUCAGAGUCGCUUACGUGCCUUGGUCCAAGAGCUUCCACGGCAGUCUGUCCGUUGGUGUCGGACCCAGGGUUCCCUGGUCGCAAGUGCAGCGGAGCGGCGCAUUGCAGGAGCUGGAGGCGAUAUGGAAUGACACUAAGAGGGACAUGGCUACGGAUUGCAUACCGCUGGGCACGAGAUCAGAGGAGGCGGAUUUAGAGAAGGUCCGAUCCGUUGACCUCAGACUAGUCAACUACACCCAGAUGUUUCUUGAGGAUCGCCGCCAACCAUCCCAACAGCCAACCGUUCCCCGUCUUUGCAACCUCCUAAUGGGCCCGUACGGUGUUGUCGACUAUGGUACGGCGUUUGAUGAUCUACGAUUUGCAGCACUGGGAAAGAAUACUAUUACCGCGCUAACCUAUACAGCAAAUUCUACGGUUAACAGCCUGCAAUUUACGUACGGCUCUGGUUCUGGUAACGUCACCGCAACGGUGCAUGGCAGACCAUUUGGAAACCAUUCUUCGGUAGUUUUCCAACCAGGCGAGCACAUCACACAUGGUGUCGUGUAUUAUGACAGCGAUGGGGUCAUAAAGUUGGUUCUAACGACCAACAAACAACGCAAUACGACAAUCGGCGGCCGUACGUUUUCUACGAAUAUGUUGGAAUCUGGAAAAAUUCAUCAGGCAGUCGCAACGCCCUGCCCCAACGACCUCGCGUAUGCAGGCCGUUUUCGAUUGAUUGCAAUCGCCGGAACCAGUGACAUCCGCAUUCGCUCUAUUUCGUUCCUUUGGACCAAGAUUGGCGGUAAGGUUUAGCUGCGACGGUUGGUAGGUAGGGCACUGCAGCAUGCAGGCUCGUUUCGCUCAGAUGACGUUGUAGGAGGGAUGGG